AUGUCAGCAAAGUUGCAGAAGUCGAAAUCCAAAAAUAGACAGCAAAAAAAGAGGAUUGUUUAUAUCGAUGAAAAUGCCCCAAAACGUCCCCGUACUGCAUAUGUUCACUUUGUUAAUGCACGAAGAAAAGAAUUAGUAGACGCUGGCAGCCAUGAGGCACUGCGUCAGCGUAGUUUUCUUGCAGACAUUGGAAAGCAAUGGAAAAUUUUACCGGAUGAUCAGAAAAAGAUUUCAACAGAUAUUUUUAUGUUUCUUUGUGAUUUUGCUCUUUCUCAGUUUUAUUUCGACAAAUCAGCCAAAGAACACGCAGACUACCAGAAUGCUAUGGAAGAAUAUAAAAAAACGGAGGCUUAUAAUCAAUUUCAAGCUAAGAAAAAAGGAUUGAUGAAGCAAAGAAUGCUGGAAUUGAAGAAGCGUAAAAAUGAUGUGAAGUCCAGUGAUGAUGAAGAAGAAGACAAAAAGGAAGCAGUUGUUGUGGAUGACAUUCCAAUAUUCAGCAAGGAAUUUCUUGCCUACAAUAAAAGUCAGGAAAGUAAAUGCAAAAAAUUGCGAAAAAUGGUAAGUGCUCUCCAAGAAGAAAAUGAUCUCCUCAAAGCCGACAUUGCCAAGUUAUCAGGGAAAAUGAAAUUAAUAUAUGGACAGCAACCUGGAGUACAGUGGUCUACAAAAAUAAAACAACGAUGGACAAAGUUAUUAACUGACGCUCUUGCAUACGUUUCUGUUGAUGGAGAAUAUCCAACUUCACAAAACAUCGAUACUUAUAUGAAGAAAUUAAAACAAUUAGUUGCCGAAAAUCCAAGCAGCAAGGAUUUAAUAGCGGUGCGAAUGGCUUUGUCGGAAGUUGUACUUGUGGAACAAUUAACAAAAAGUGAUAGUGUUUGCUUGUCACAUCGUGGCUUGUCACUGGACGAAUUAUGUCGUCAACUUGCCCAUUAUAACAUAAAUGUGAGACGAGAUUCAGUAAUUGGUGUAAAACAGUUACUUUCUUCACAUCCAGAACUUGUACCAAAACAUUUGCACAUACUAAUACCCGCUGUUGGACGUCUGAUUGCUUGUGAUAAAAGCGAUUCAUCAUUUCAUGCUCAGUUGCGUACUCUUUUGGAAUUGUUAUGUACAACUGAUGCUUCGACGAUUUCAUCUCAUUUCACGCUAUUAAUGGCCCAUACUCUUCGAGCCUUAACACAUCUCAGGAUGGGUGUACGAAUCUAUGCACUUACCAUUCUAACAUUACUAAUGCGAACCUAUCCUGAGCUUUGUCGAAAUAGCAUCAAUUUAUUCGAUUCAUUCGUGGAAUUUUUGAACAGUAAAAGAAUUCCAGCAAACAGAAAGUUACUACUUGAUGGUGUUCAUGCUUUCUUGCGAGCUUUCUUAGUAGAAGAAUGUACGACAGUUGGACCUCUUCACAUUGCAUCGUUCAGCAUUCGUAGUAAACAGUAUACCAAGAUUAAUUUAACUUCAAAUAUUCAGCCGUUGAUCGAUUUUUGUGUGCUUGGUUCACAGCCACAGCAAUUAAAGUCAUCUCUCUAUUCACCUGAUAAAUUUCUAUUAGCACUAUCCGGAAUUCUAUCACUGUUUUUAAUAAGUGCAUCAGAAGAGUCUUCGGCUAAUGAGAAAGAGUGGGUGGAAAUAUUCGAAAUAUUAAAUAAAGUAUUGUCAAAAAUUCAUACUUCAUCUCAAACUGUUCAGUUCAAAGAACAAUUGAAGAAAAUAUUGUCCAGUAUCAGUUCUUUAUUGAAAAAUGGAAACCUAUCGCAGAGAAUACGUACUUCGUUGCAAACAUUGAACCAACAAUCGAUCAAUUCGAAAGCAUUAAAGUAUUAA